CUGGUGCCAGGCUGCUCCCGUGUCUGCCUGUUGCACGUUAAAAGCGCUGUUCUGGAAGCAGAGCGCCAUUAAUUACAGCCCUAGUGAGACAGGCUAUCGCUUCUGAUGAGGAUCUCCUGAGGGCUGCUUUAAUGGCGCUGUCAGAUGUGUCUGCAUUCCUAUGUGGAGCAAUUACGUACCCCGUGUAAUUUGCCCACUGGUUGAGGCGUUCUUCCACAAGAUACGAUACUCAUUCACGUUCCGUGGCGCUUGGUGUUUUCUUCCUGCUUUAGUUUGGCAGCUGGUGGCAGCCAGGGUGCUGGUGGUCUCAGGAGGGGACCGUUCUUCCAAAAUUCUUCUCUGCAGCACCUCAGGCCCUUUAGGAGAGAUCUCUGCUCUUCCCAGGGGUGUUUUGUGGCAGUUUUGUCCAGUUUGUAUGUAAUACAGCCGCACCGGUGCCAGGCCCUUUGUGGUGUCGGUGCCUGCUGUGGGGCUUUGGUAUUCCUUGACCAGACUGGUGGGGAGGGUACGUAGCUACUGGCCAGGCACUGUUUUGCUCUGCUGAGUUGCCCCGAGUCCUAAAGGUUCCGAUUUCCCACAGGUGGGCUGACGUCCCCCCGUGGAGAUGCCAACCUGCGAGGCGACGGGCACGUCUUGACCUUGCAGGUGCUGCAUCAGCAGGGGCGCAGAUGGCGUUUGCCCAGGCACCCAUUUCCAGCCUGGUGUGUUCCUUCGCUGUUCAGGAGAUGCCGGCAGCUCCUCCAGUCUCUUCUGCCGUCAGCACUGUUGGAGCCCCCUGCCUCCUCUUGUGAGCCCUGUAUCCCAGUUUGCAGCCCUCAGGGCUCCAGAAGCCUCUUUUGGGUAGAGGCGCCUCUGGGCUGGCUUGCUGAGCGGAGCCCAGGGAACCCGUGAUGCCUUCAGCUCGCCCCCAGACAGACGUGCCUUCUCUCGGGGUCUGGAUUUCAGAGGUGCCUUUGGUGCCCUCUCUACGUUUACACGUUGUUGUCUCCAGGAGCCUGCUGGUGGGGACGCUGAUCUAGAUGGGCUUCUCAUCCCUCGUGCGGAAUUUGCAGCCGCUGCACAUUUGUGUGGCAGCCACCUGGGCACGGGGGAUGGCUGCAAUGAGCUUGUUUCUCGGCCGGGGCAUGGGGGCCUCCAGAGCCUGAAGAAGUCCACUGGAGAUCACCAGAGCGCCAGGAUCAGAUACGGGAGGCUGUGUUUAGGGAAAAGACCUGCACGCACCAGCAGAUUUUUCCUCUAGAUUGGUGGUUAGCAAGGCGGAAAGAAGCCGCAGCGCUGGUCUGGCACCUCCCAAACGCCGAGGAGCGAUGGCUCCUCCCUUGGCAGCUGCUUUCUCCCCCCACCCUUUUGCCUUGUAUAUAAGGCCCCCUCGGAGCAGCCUCGGCACAGCACAUCCCACUCCGGCGAGGCAGACAGCGAGCCGCACCUCCAGUCCCAGCACCUCUGCUCCAGGAGAGUGAACCAGAAGGCCGUCAGCAUGGACAGAUGCAGAGCUCAGUGCUACGAGUACCCCACCUGCCCGGAGGCUGUGAAAGCUCCUAGAGAGGAGGUUGCCUACGUGACCUGCACCUACAGGGAAACCUGCGUGGAGCAGCCUGACUUCCUGGCCACCAUUGACCUCAACCCCAGAUCUCCCUGUUACUGCCAGGUGAUCCACCGCCUGCCCAUGCCCAACCUCAAAGACGAGCUGCAUUCCUCGGGGUGGAGCGCUGGCUGCGCCUGCUUUGACACUGCCACACCGAGAAGGAACAAGCUGAUUCUUCCCUGUUUGAUUUCCUCCCGCAUUUACGUGGUGGAUGUGGGUUCCCAGUGCCGGGCUCCCAAGCUGUGUAAGAUGAUUGAGCCAGUGGAUGUCUUCUGGAAGUGCAACAAGGGAUACCUCAGCGUAGUGCACAGCCUGCCUAAUGGUGACAUCCUGAUUGCCAACAUGGGAGACCCAGCUGGCAACGGGAAAGGUGGAUUCAUUGUGCUGGAUGGAGAGACCUUUGAGCUGAAGGGGAACUGGGAGAAUGAGUGUGAAGCCCCCCCGACUGGAUACGACUUCUGGUACCAGCCGCGCCACAACGUUCUCAUCAGCUCUGCCGGACUGGUCCCAAAACGCGCGGGACGCGGGUUUAAUCCUGACGACUUGAAGAAAGGGGUCUUUGGGCGCCGCCUGAACGUGUGGAACUUGUCCUGCCACACCCUCACCCAGUGCUUCGACCUGGGGGAGGACUCUCUGCCCCUGAGCGUGAAGUUCCUCCACAACCCCGAUGCUGCCGAGGGAUACGUCAGCUGUGCCCUGAGCGGCAUUGUCUACCGCUUCUACAAGUGCGAGAGAGACAAAUGGGCCGUAGAGGAGGUGAUUCGGAUACCGGCCAAGGACGUGACAGGAUGGAUUAUGCCCAAGAUGCCAGCCUUCACGGUGGACCUCGUCAUCUCGACGGAUGACAAGUACCUGUACCUCAGCAACUGGCUGCACGGAGACAUCCGCCAGUAUGAGCUCUCCAAGACCUGCAAGCCCAGGCUGGUGGGGCAGGUGUUUGUGGGAGGCAGCAUCCUCAGAGGGGGACCCGUCACCGUGUGCAGAGACGAAGAGCUGAAGUGCCAGCCGGACCCCUUGGUGGUCAAGUGCAAGAGAGUGUACGGCGGCCCCAGUAAAAUGCAGCUCAGCGUGGACGGCAAGAGGCUGUACGUCACCAACUCCUUCUACAGCACGUGGGACAAGCAGUUCUACCCGAACUUGGUCAGGGAAGGCUCCGUCAUGCUGCAGAUUGAUGUGGACACUGAGAAGGGCGGCCUGUGCGUGAACAAGAACUUCCUGGUGGAUUUUGGGAAGGAACUCAACGGGCCUUGCCUUGCCCAUGACAUCCGCUUCGCUUCCGGAGACUCCACCUCCGAUAUCUUGGCCUAGGCGCCCUGCGACAGGCUCCCUCCUCCUCUCUCUUCUGUGGUGCAGCCGUCAGGGAGCAGCGUAGGAUCGUUGGGUUCGGGGGUCCCCACGCCUUGCUGGAGUCUGGGUUUCUGCUGACAGGAGCUGCGGGAGCUCCGCGUCACCGCGCGGGGCUGGGUCAGGCAGAGCAGUGCACGGAGGCACAGGGCACGUGGUCAGCGCUGUUCCCAGUGCCGAGCGGUCCCCGGGCCCGAGGCGCGGAGCAGAGCCGGGGCAGCUGCUGCGGUACGGAGCUGUGCAGCGUGCGGUGCCUCAGAAGGAGGGGAAGCACCCACUUUGUCGGCGUUACUGUUCUUCAGCCAGGUCGUUCCUGGACACUCUUCCCGCGGCACGAGAGCCUCCUGGCUGGCUUCUCGGUGCUGGGGCCGCUCCGCGUCAUCCCUCCAGGGCUGUCACGCGCUUGGGUUUGGAAAGAAGUGCCUGCUUCCUGACACCGGUUUGCUCCUGUCUUCUGCUUUAAACAUGAAUAAAAUUGUCCUUCGCAUCA